UAACCUCCACUGCUUCAUCCUCGACAAUGAGACUGCUUGAAGAAAUUUUCUUGAUCCUAUUAGCUGCGGUGGCGGCAGCAUCUGCAGCUUUGCUGCAGAAUGGAAACUUUGAAUUCCCUCCAUCAAAUAUCAAGCCAAACUCCAGCACUCCCCUCCUGCCUCUGUCCAAGAACAACACUAUCCCCGGCUGGUCCUUCAACGGCACCGUGUACUAUGUGACUGCAGGCCCCAGCAUAUCGCUGCCUGAUAAUGGACAUGCUAUUCAGCUGGGUCUUAAUGGAGUCAUACGCCAAACAAUCAGACUUACCUCAAUUUACGCGCAGUACAUCCUUACGUUUUCGAUAACUUCAGUCAACGGAAGCUGCAAAGCUCCUACUGCUGUGCUCAAUGUGUCUUUUGUGGGCAGCUGGUUUUAUAAAUCCUCGGUGUUCUUAGUUGAAGGAAAAUAUGGGAGAAAAUCCUGGGAGAGUCAUGCUUGCAGUCUAGGGCGUAUGGCAGGUGAGGGAGACCCAGUUGUUCUGGAGCUUCGGAGCCAAUCUGUAGAGGCUGAUCAAAAUGUCACUUGUGGACCUGUGGUGGAUACAGCCAUCCUUAAAAGGUUCAAUCCCAUGGGUGGAUAUGCCAACGAGUUUGUAAAUGGGGGCUUUGAGGACGGACCAAUUUUCAUAAAGAACUCAUCUGAAGGAAUUUUACUAGAGCCAACUGAAGAUCUUACGAAUACCCCUCUAUUUGAAUGGGCUGUAUUUGGGGCAGUAAAGUAUGUCGACUCGAAGCAUUACCUGGUCCCAGAAGGUAAUGCUGCGGUGGAAAUCGUCUCCACUAUUGGAGCGAUCCGAACCAUUCUUUUGCUAAAAGAAGGAUCUUCAUACCGUUUGGAGUUUGUCAUGGGAGUUCCUAUUGAUUCAUGCACUGGAGAACUUAUUUUGGGAGUCCAAGCAGGUCCAACAAGCCAAAACUUCACUUUACCAAGCAAUGGCACAGGAUACAGUAAGAAGUUCUCACUGGGUUUCAGGGCAGAAACCAAUCUUACUUCUAUCGGUUUUAUGAACGUACAGGGAGGUGAAACUAGUGAUCACGUGAUAUGUGGUCCCCUGGUCGACAAUGUGUCUAUUAGUGCUUCACUUCGACUGCAAGUAGGACUACAACAACUGUUGCUUCUUCCUUCACUACUUCUGGCAGCAGUUCUCCAGAUUGAUAAGGAGUUUCCGAGAAAUUCUUUUAGUGAUUUGGUAAUAUAGGACAGAUGGAUUCGUUGUUCUUAAAUAAUAUAAUAAGCUCAAGACAGAUCUGCAUUCCAAUGCUAUUCAAAACUAUUUGUUGGGUGUUAA